UCUCAUAUACCAUUAUCAUCUGGACUAAUCCAAUCCAAUCUUCUAAACCCUAGCCUCCACAUCUUCUUUCUCAACCAAAUCUCCGUCUUCUCCAUGGCCAAGAAACGAAAGGUCCGCUCCACCCCCGCUGCUCAACAACCAAUCAAAACCGAGCACGUGGAGGAACAGCCACAAUCAAGCGAGCAAUUGGAGCCCCAGCCAAUUGAAGAUCCCCAAAUCGAACAACACGAAGAAGAGAUCGAAGAAGAACAAGAAGAAGAGAUCGAAGAAGAACAAGUGGAGGAAGAUCCACAGGAGAAUCAAGACGACGGUGAAGCCGACGCCGAUGAAGAUGAUGAAGACAAGGAUGUGAAAGACAAGGGUGUGAUUAACGGCUCUGAUGUGAAAACGGAACAGGAGGAUGACGUGGGGCCGGAUGAGCAGGAACCGGUGGAGAAGUUAAUUGAACCGUUUUCGAAAGAACAGCUGGCGGUGUUAGUUAGAGAAGCGGUUGAGAAGCAUCCCGACUUUAUCGAGAAUGUGCAGAGGCUUGCUGACGCGGAUCCAGCUCACCGGAAGAUCUUUGUGCACGGAUUGGGGUGGGAUACGAAUGCGGAGACGCUGAUUUCGGAGUUUUCGAAGUACGGAGAGGUGGAGGAUUGUAAGGCGGUUACGGAUAAGGUGUCGGGGAAGUCGAAGGGGUACGGGUUUAUUUUGUUUAAGCAUAGGGGUGGGGCGCAGAAGGCUUUGAAGGAGCCACAGAAGAAGAUUGGGAAUAGGGUUACGUCGUGUCAGUUGGCGUCGGCUGGGCCUGUGCCUGCGCCUGCGCCUGCUCCUGUUGCGGCGCCUGUGAGUGAGUACACGCAGAGGAAGAUUUUUGUGAGUAAUGUGUCUGCGGAUAUUGAGCCGGGGAAGUUGGUUGAGUUUUUUAGUAAGUUUGGGGAGAUUGAGGAUGGGCCGUUGGGGUUGGAUAAGCAGACAGGGAAGCCUAAGGGGUUUGCGUUGUUUGUGUAUAAGAGUAUUGAGAGUGCCAAGAAGGCGCUGGAGGAGCCGCAUAAGACGUUUGAGGGGCAUACAUUGCAUUGUCAGAGGGCUAUUGAUGGGCCUAAACCCGGGAAAGGAGGGUUUCAUCAGCAGCAUCAGCCACAGCAACAUCAUCACCAGGGUGGUUAUCAUCAUGUGGCUAAGAAGGGGAGGUAUUCGACUGGUGGUGGUGGGCAUUUGAUGGCGCCUUCGGGUCCUAGUGUUGGGUAUAAUCCGGGUGUGGCGCCUGCUGGAGCGCUCACACCUGCUUUGGGGCAGGCUUUAACUGCUCUGCUUGCUACUCAGGGUGCUGGUUUGGGGAAUCUGCUUGGAGGCUUAGGUGGAGCAGUUAACCAGGGUAUGCCGGGGAUGAAUAAUGUUGGUUAUGGAAAUCAAGGUGGGUAUGGAGCUCAGCAUGGAAUGCAAGGAGGGUACCAGAACCCGCAGAUGGGUCCGGGCAGCAGUCGACCUCAGCAGGGUGGUGGAUCCUAUAUGGGUCACGGUCAUUAGAAAGGAAACGACAGAUUGUCUUGUGCUGCGGGUAAGAAGUCCCAUUCCUACGCAGGUGAUCUCUUUUGUUACCUUGUAUGAGUUUUGUGACUGCAUGCUUCUCGAAAGAUAUAUUUUCUUUUUCGGGCAAAUUUAUUUUAUAUUACAAAAAAAUAGAUAAUGAUGACUGCACUGGGCGACCAUUUCAAGUUAGUUCCACAGAGUUCAUCUCUUUUAUGACUAGUUAUCAAUUCCUCAAAAACCAGGGGUACUUUGAUACUGUUACUUAUAAAUAUUAGAUUUUCAAGUGUGAAGUAUUUAUUAAUAUCUACUUUGAUCGGUGGUAAAUAUCAUGAUUUUGACCGUGGUGA